AUGGUCAGCCACAUCCGGAUCAGCAUCGACAAGAACAACAACCUGACCGAGUGCCCCAUUGAAUUCGAGGUUCUGCAAGAGUUCCCAGGCAGCGGCCGCGAGGAGAAGAUCUCCCUUGGCAUCGUCAAGCUUAACCUUAGCGAGUACGUCGAGGAGAGUGAUGGUCUCGCUCGUGAGAGCGUAAGCUUUGACCGCGGCCACUCGCGCAAGCGUAGCAGUGGCACCAGCCAGAGUCCCCUGUCGCAGAGGGCUCCCAUCACGGAUGAGCCGGACGUUAUGGAUGGUAUCGUAAGGCGCUACCUCAUGCAGGAGAGCAAGAUCAACAGCACUUUGAAGAUUGGCAUCCUGAUGCUCCAGCUCGACGGCGACAAGAACUACUCUGCGCCCCCACUGAGGACUGCGCCUGUCUUUGGAGGGAUUGCCGGCAUCGUAGCAGGCGAAUCGGUCGAACAGGAUGACGCUGGACAACUCCCGACCAUGGCCAAGUCUCGUGACGCCUCUGAGGUGCAAGACAUGUACCGUCGUGCUCUCGCAGCCUCCUGGUCCUGCCAGCCUGGCGAGCUCCCUGCUGACCAGUGCAUCGAAGACAUCUUCUCGGGUGGCGACGGCUGGCGGACAGGUCGCCAGGGACGUACCGGCAAAAAGACGGCGACCUUCGACCUCGACAACAGCGGCUCCCUCAGCUCUGAUGAGGGCGGCAUGGGCGGCACCCUCCGACCUUCAGAUUUCCGUAAGAUGGAGCGGAAACAGCAGCAAUCACAACAACAGCAGCAGCAGCCGGACCCGCCUCAGCAGGACCACCUUCACCUUCACCGCCUUCACAAUGGCCACCGCCACCACUCUCGCAACAACAGCGGCUCCAGCGACAGGAGCAUACGAAGCAUGACGACCGUCGUUACGGGCCGCGGCGAUGGCGCCAGCAGUACCGCUGGAGCGAGCAAUGUCGCCCGUCGGGGAUCUAACAGCCGCCUGAGGGGUCGAGAGGGAGACGGUGGCGUCACUAGACGUAGCUACGGGCGCUCGAGGAGCCGUGACGGCAGCAUUGUGAGUCUGGCGCCGACGAUGGGGAGCAGCGACCGUGGACGCGAGGCGUCAAGACGAAACAGGGAGCUCGAGGAGUUUGACGUGCGGGACGAUCUUGUCGCGUGGAGGCUACCGGGUGCUGUCACAUAA